UCAGUGUGUGUGUAUGGUUUGAUUGCAUCUCUGUGUGUGUUGUGCAAACGCACGUGCGUGUGUGUGCGUGUUCCUUAACCCCAGCUCUAAGUGUUUCUGCGUGCGGUGCAGUUGAGUCCUGAUGAAGGUCAUAGUAAAUACAUGUCUCUAGGGCAGAUACAUACUGCCCAGGAGGCUGUGCAAUACUAACUCAAAGGAAUACAGAUACUACUGUGUAUGCUGGAGAAACAUGCACAAGCCACAGCAGGAGCAGGAGCUGAGGCAGCAGCCUUCCCACUCCAGGACUCGGGGUCAGAGAUCCUGACAGCCAGAGACAUGUGUGUGGCCUACUGUUCUGUGGCAGAGAUCUACUUCACUGACCUCUGUAUGGAGGACAGGGCAGGAGAUCAGUGUCGAGACGCCAUAGAGAGAGUGCUGACCUAUCACCCUGACAACCCAGAGGCUCUACAGCUGAUGGCCAGCUACCUGUUCAGUACAGAGAAGAACCAGGAGGGGAGGGAGUACCUGAUGAGGAGUGUGGAUGCAUGGCUACCUGCCCUGAAACAGAGUGACGCUCCACCCAGCAGAGAGGACAUAGAGGAGGAACACACACAGAGUGGCUUCCCACCGUAUGAAUCCCGCAUCACCAUGGCCAAACUCCUCAUAGAGGCAGAAGAGUACGAGCAGUAGAUGUGUUGGAGGAUCUACUAGAGGAAGAUGACGAGGUGGUGCAGGUGUGGUAUCUCUCAGGCUGGGUGUGUUACCUGCAGAUGGAGAGAACAAGGGAGGAGAGAGAAGAGAGCGAUGAGGAGAGAACAAGGGAGGAGAGAGAAGAGCGGGAGGAGUGAGAAGAGCGGGAGGAGUGAGAAGAGCGGGAGGAG